AUGUCUGAGAGGUCUCUAGGUGCCGUACCGGGAGAUGAGGACGGCUCAUUUGAUUGCACGAUUGCCCAUACAAAUGGAGACUUGAUUGCGUCCUUAACUGUCCUGGUGUCCGACUCGUCCGAGUACCCCUCUGAUCAUACCUUCUUCUGCUCUUCCCAAGAUGAUCUCCCUGCAAAUGUCCUGUGCAUCACCGGGUCCGUACAUGAAGACGGUGCUCUGACCAUUCAAGAUUUGUUAAUGAGAUUACUUGAGAGGUUGGCUAAGAGAACAGCUGCAACGCAUGGCCAAGGAAGCUAUAGGGCAGACAGUGAAGAUGAACAUGAUGCGGAUGAACAUGAUGAUGAUGAUGAUGAUGAUGAAGACGAUGCGGCAGACUAUGACUUGGACGAUGACUUGGGGUUGAUGGGGGCUGCAGUUGGACGUAGCAAGCUCGAUCAGACCGUCCUUCAGCGAGAGUUCAAUGAAAUUGUGGCAUACGGCUACCAUCCGGGAUUCGUCCCAUUCGGUCAGGAUGACUUCGCGCUAUCCGUAUCACUACCCGCAAAGUCCUUGGCGGAUACCAUUCCUGCUCGUGCCCUCAUGGCAUGGGACAAACAACUCUUAUCACGCCCUCAGCACCUGACCCUCCUGAUUUCUGGACUGAGGGGUGUAUAUCCCGUCGUUCAGCAGGACGCCACCUACACCGACGCUGCGCACUUUCUUGGCUCUGUGCCGCAUUUUCGUCUUGGAUUGACCCCAGGCUACAAGCCGACCCCGGACGAAGCCGCAGAGACCUUGCGCAGGUAUGGCUUGAAGGAAGGGUACGAUGCGCAUCCUGCAGAUCCUGUCGAGGAGCCGCUCUAUGACGAUUACGAUGAUGAAGUAUACGACGCCGAUACAGAUAGUAACGAAAAUCAGGACGAUGCUCCUGAGGAGGAUGAGGAGCCGUUGGUCGGCUUCCAGCCCUUCAGUUUGAGUUCGUCGCUUGAGAGUUUGUUGAACGGCCAUUUCCUCCGUAUCCUCCAGCUUCGAAUCCGGUAUGAGCUCGGAUGGGCGGGUGCGGAGACACUGUGGUGGGAAGUAGAAACCUCCCAGCAAGCCGUCGGAGACAUCAUGCGCUGGAGAGGCCAAGACAUCCGGAGUGCGGACGCAGCCGAUGAACUGUUAUCUGAAAGCUACGCGCUCCCGGCGGACCCACUCCUCGAGCGCAACGCAGAUGCUCCAAUCAACCUGCCCCUAUUGGCCUUCUCUUAUCUCAUGCGGCGCAUUACUCUUUGCCCUCGUUACUGCUUAGUCUGUCAUCAGCAGCUCAAGCAAGACCUAGAUGCGCUCAAGCCAUACGUAUGCAGCUCCAAGCUGUGCACGUAUCAAUACUACAACCUGAAUCGUGGUCCUUCUCUUGAGUACGAGAUCCGGGCCAACCCUGUGACUGUGGAUAUCCUCGUCUCGCUGGCGUACAUAGCGGCCGCAGAGGGGGCUCUCGACUCGCCUCUUCCAGUCGGGAUGGGCCUUCGCGUGAAACCGAGGGCGGGAUCUAGCGUUCUCACAGAUCCAGACGGGCUCUGCGACUUUGAUCAACUUCAGCUUCCUGAGAUGCGUAGUGCCAUAACGUACUUGAUUGACUCACUCCCACCGAUCAGCGACAUGAAGAAGCAUCUAGAGCAGUCGCGAGGUGCAGGUCGGGCGAUGCCGCGUCUGCAAGACUUCGAUAAGGCGAUCCCGGAUGCUGCGUGGUCCAUCUUGCGCUGGAUCGUCGCCUCCUGCACGGCGCACCUGGAGGAACUCACCUCCGAUGAGGAGCAAGUCAAAAACAUCGGCUCCGAGUGGCGCCAAUUCCGGUUCAGCGUUGGUGCGCCGGAUGCAGAGGCCAAGUUCCGCACGGCGCUCCAACAGGCGCAACGAGAGAACGCCAAUGCACGCAGAUAUCCAUCGCUCUAUGCUUUCCACGGCUCUCCUGCUAAAAACUGGCACUCGAUCAUACGACAUGGUCUGUGGUUCAGAGACAUAGCCCAUGGGCGAGCAUAUGGAAAUGGCGUAUACUUCGCGAAGGACGGCAAUGUCUCAACUGGCUCCUAUUCUCGAGCUGCUUCGAGCUGCUGGCGAAACAGUGCUUCUCGUAUUAUCAACUGUGUGGCCCUCGCAGAGAUAGUCAAUCUGCCGACCAAGUUCGUCUCUACACAGCCUUUCUUUGUUGUCGCGCAAACCGAGUGGAUAAUUUGUCGAUACCUCAUGGUCAAGAGCAGCGGUUCCGGGUCAGGGACACCAGCUCCCACCUAUCAGAGCUUCCUUGGUAUGUGGCCAACCAGCGGAGCCCCACAGGCCCCUGAGCCUGAGCAAAUCGACGAAUCGAUACCCUACGUGCCGCUCGACCCUGCGCACCCACUCACUCUCGGGACUAUGACCAUUCGCAUCCCCGAACCUACUUUUGCAUUGGAGAAAGUUCUCACCACGCGUCGUGAGGAGUAUGUCUCGGUAGACUACGACGAAGAUGACCUCAAGAUCUUCGAGGCGGCUCCGAUCGUCCCAGCCGCGCCGUCCCCGGUAGAAGAUGACGAAGAGGCUGUGGACGACUGGAGGCACGACCGCGCAUGGGUGGAGCAAUGCAUAGAACACCUCAUACCGCCUCCUACGGAGUCUUCGGUGCAGGCUACGAACACACUACAGAGGGAGCUGAAGGGGAUCCUGAAAGAGCAAAAGGCGGCAAGAAGCCUACGUGAACUCGGGUGGUACUUUCCUGAGGAUCUUAUCGGCGACAAUCUGUACCAGUGGAUCGUCGAGCUGCACUCGUUCGACCCGACGUUACCUGUCGCCCAGGACAUGGCGAGAUGUGGUGUCAACUCCUUGGUGUUCGAGAUCCGCUUCCCGGCUGACUUUCCCCAUGCGCCACCUUUCUUCCGCAUUCUGAAGCCUAGAUUCUUAGGGUUCAGCCAGGGCGGUGGCGGGCAUGUCACCCUUGGAGGCUCGAUGUGUAUGGAUCUUUUGACCGCAGAUGGUUGGCUUCCGAGCUACAGCAUCUCUGCCGUCCUCCUCCAAAUCAAGCUCGCGAUCUCGAACCUGGAUCCGAAGGCCGCUCGCCUCGCCCCGAACUGGGAUACGCCGUACAACAUUCAGGAGGCAUUAGCUGGCUAUAAGCGGGCGGCUGCUACGCAUGGUUGGAAGGUACCUCGAGGAAUGGAUCGUAUUGCAUACUAGAAUGGAGGUGUACG